AUGGAGCCUCUGCCGGUGGUCUUCUUGGUGAUUUUGACAGUAGCACUCGCAGGAUGCACGGUGCAAAACGACGGCACAGAGAAGCUGGACAGACCGGCCGCCGCGGUGGUCGUGGAGGAGCCCAGAGCUGAGGAGUCAAACCAGGCCAGGAACGGAGGGAGGAGGAAUCUGGAGAACAGCAGGAGCGGGCCGGACCAGAGCCAGGUGGGCUGCCGAGAGCUGAGGUCCACCAAGUACAUCUCGGACGGCCAGUGCACCAGCGUCAACCCCAUCAAGGAGCUGGUGUGCGCCGGGGAGUGCCUGCCCUCGCACCUGCUACCCAACUGGAUCGGCGGCGGCACCAGCUCCUCCGGCCGCUACUGGAGCCGCCGCGACACCGUGGAGUGGCGCUGCGUGAUCGACCGCACCCGCACACAGCGCAUCCAGCUUCAGUGCCAAGAUGGAUCGGCCAGGACCUACAAGAUCACCGUGGUUACCUCCUGCAAGUGCAAGCGCUACAGCCGCCAGCAGAACGACUCGGCCCAUAAGCAGCCGGCGCUCAGAGACCUGGCCCACGCCGAGAGCCGCAGGAGGGGCCACAAGAAGAGUGCGCUGAGCCUGACCCUGGAGGAACAGACUGUUUGA